GAGCGGAAUCAAAUCUCACGCCAGGAAGCUUGACCUACAGGUCAUUUUCGAGACUGUCCGUCCAUGAAGUGACUUGGAGCAGCAUCCAGCCUCGGAAGCUCCAUUACACGCCUCAACAUGUCCUCGAGCGACGUCAGGAGUAUUCUUGGGCUGCCUCAAGCUGGAUCAUCAUCCUCACAUGCCCCGAUACCGAAGAAACUCAAUCUAAAUAAACGUCCAGAUGGAAUCUCGCGUGAACUGUACGCUCUCAUUGGAAACAAUGCUCCGUCUCUUGCCGAGGCUCAAGCCUCAGUCUCUGCUGUGAAAUACAAAUCAAGACCAUCAGUAUCUAGAAAGAAGGCCAAGUGGGAGUGGCUGCCAUUCAACCCCGCUGCAAGGCCAGACCGACGUGCUAGACUGAGUCAUUGGGUCCAAACGUCUGAUGCAGAUCCAGAAGCGGGAGUCGAGUACUUUGGCAAAUUCAAUCUUCACGGCCCCUCUGUGAUAGAAUACAGUCAAUUCGAAUACGAUCAACACCUCGCGGACCCCGAUUGGACGCCUCAUGAGACGACUUACCUGUUCAAUUUGCUGAAUGAUUACGACCUGCGCUUCGUUAUUGCGGCCGAUAGGUACGAAUACAUGGGCCCGUCCGGCGAAGGACCGGUCAAAAAGAGAUCAAUAGAGGACAUAAAAGAUCGAUAUUAUACGAUUUGUCGGCGACUGACACGGACACGGACGGCUACGGACACUGCUAGCCAACAGCAGAUGAUCCAAGCGUAUUCUUUUGACAAGGCUCGCGAGAUCAAGCGGAAGCAGUAUGCUUCAGAAUUGUUCCACCUGACUACUGCCGAAAUCGCAGAGGAGGAAGCUCUAAUCAUCGAAGUGAAGAGGAUGGAGCAGACGGCUCAGAGAUAUAGAUCAGAUCGGGACGAUUUGAUGCGAACGGUUAUGGGUCUGGACAGCGGUCUCGUCAACAUCGAUUCGUCGAAUAUCGAGGCCAUCCUCGGCGCCAACAAGAAGAGGAAACGUGCAGAAGAGGCCGAGCCGAGCACUCCAGUCGCCGCCGCACCCACUAAGCGGCAAGCAGAGUCUACAGCUUUCGACGCCGCCCAUUGUAUCUUUCGCUUACCGCAAGAUUCCAGCUCUCAAUCCUCACACCUCGCUACCAAACAUCCAGUCCAUAUCCCUGCUUUCCUUCGUUCGAGCAAGCUGCCUACUCCUCGCCAAAGCGCUGCCAUCCGCAUCACCGAGCUCCUCGGCGAGCUGGGUGUCAGCACACAUGCGCUCGUCAUGCCGACUCGUGCCAAUCUGGAGGAGUAUGAUGGUCUCUUGACCGCGGCUGGUGCACUAGUAGAUAUGAAACGGCAGGUGGAUCGCGUCGAGCAAGAGUUGAGGACGUUGAGGGCUCAGAAGGAGAGCUAUGUACCGCCAGUGGAUGCCAAGCGGAAGGCUCGAUCCACUUCUAUCGCUUCUACCGAUACAUCCGUGACUGGCAGACGUAGCAGAGCUCCUUGAAGAGGAUCAGGAUGAAGUGAUAGCCUUGUUGUAUGGUACCCUAUGCAUGUUUUUCCGUU